GAUCACAUUACGCGAUUAUCAGCUUUGAUUUUUAGUAUAAAUUGUGCGGAUUUAUUUUGAAGCACGUCAGUUCGGUUUUUAUCUGCAAAGGUAAAGCAAAAACAUGCAGGUUCUAGUGGUUUUAUCUUUCAUUGUGGCUGUUGCUACGGCAAUGAAUCCAAUGUUGGGUGCAAUGAUGCCCCCAGAGGUUCACAAGGUACGCAAUGAGUGCAUGACUGAAUUGGGUAUUGAAAUUCCGAAAGACCGCCCGCGUGGUCCACCUCCAAAAGAAAUGGAUCCCAAAUUCAAAUGUCUAGACAAAUGUAUCCUCGAAAAGUUAGAGGUGAUCAGUGCUGAUGGCACAUUCAACGAUAAAGAUAUUCCUGCCGAGUUGAAGGAAACUGCAACAAAAUGUUUCGAAGAAAACAAAGCGCUUGAAGCUUGCGAACGUGCGCAUAAAUACAUGAAGUGCAAUUUCAAGGCAAUUGCUGAAGGUUUGAAGGUCUUGAGUGACACAUGCGCAGCGGAAACCAACACCGAGAUUAAACCCCCACAAGGUCAUGGACCACCAAGGCCUGGUAUGUUUGAAGAAAUGAUGAAAGAUGAGUCGAAGGCUUGCUACCAUCGCUGUGUGAUGAUUAAAAUGAAGAGGAUGGACGAAAAUGAUGAUUUUAUUGUUGAUGCCAUGACGACGUUUGCUCCCGAAGGCGUUGAUAUAAAGGCAAUUGCUGAAACUUGCACCAAUGAUAAUAAUCAAGACGAUAAGUGUAUCAAGGCUGCACAGAGAGGAUUGUGCUUCAUGCAAGAGAUGAAGAAGAACUUUAAACAAUAAACAAUGAAUUCGUUUAUUGUUUUAAUGUAAUUGCACUUUGUAUUUGGGGAAAUAUUUACAAAUAAAAUGUUGAAAUGGAUGAAAUAA